CGGAGCUGGCGGCGUUGCAGAGGAGGCGGCACGGCCGCAGCAGAGCCGGGGCUGAGGGGCACAGCGAGGCUCGGCCGGCGGAGCGGCGGCAUGCGGCGGUGUCGGGGCGCGGGGCUGGCGACGCUGCCCGCGCUGCUGCUGCUCGUGGCUGUGUCCAGAGCCCAGAUAGAGCAGGAGUCGUCGUUGGAGACCACCGAGGGCACCGGCAUCAACAUCACCUGCUCACAUCCCAAAAUCCAGACCGGCGACUCGAUCCAGUGGUACCGACAGCUCCCGGGCCGAGCACCCGAACUCCUCGCACUCACUAUGAAAGAGUCGAAAGAGCUGCCGGACAAUCUGGGCCAGCUGUGGGUGUCGGCAGAUCGGCGCUGGAGCGCGCUGCGGCUCGGCUGGCCCCGGCGCGGGGACGCGGCCGUGUAUUACUGCGCGCUUUCAGGCUCUGGCUACGGCAAGCUGACCUUUGGCUCAGGGACCAGGCUGUCCAUCCAGCCCAAAAUUACUCCAUCUCCCUCAGUCUACAGGCUGACCUCCAAAGAUGACCAGGGUCUGGAAAUGUGCCUUAUCACAGAUUACUCCCCUGAGAAGCUCACUCUGCACUCGGCUGAGCAGCACACAUCUGCUGUUGUGGAGGUGGCAACCAUGGAGAACAGCGAGGAGUCCAGCUACCUGUCCACCUACUGGGCCAAGAGAGAUGAGCUGCACUGUGCUGCCAGCCACGAGGGCUUUGGAGAGCUGGAGGGCGACGACCCUGAGAGUGGUGCCAGCGCUGUCUGUGUCACAGGGCUGUCCCUACAGUUCAGGACAGAUGAACACUUGAACACACUGUCUUUGUCACAGCUGGGCCUCAAAAUCGUUCUGAUGAAAGCAAUCAUUUUUAAUGUUCUGAUGACGAUGUUUAUGUGGAAGAAAAAAAAGGACUGAGAGUAACCCGGUGAUGCAGUCCUGAAGUACCAAACCCUCUGCUUUGAGAGAGCAUCUGAGCAAGAGGGAGCACAGGGAUUAUUCUUCGUGCAAGGGACAUCCCUUGCUGCUUUGAUGUACCACACCAGCCAUUAUAUUCUAAAUUGCUUUAUUUGCAUUGCUAUAAAACUACUCAAAAUGAAACAUUUCCAGCAUUCUGCCCUCCAGAUGUCUGGUCCAUUCACCAUACAGUGCCUCUUUUGCAUGAAGCAGACUUUGCUAUAAUCAUACUUUGCCAACCACGUGUUUUACUUGCAUUAAAGGGACAACUUCUGCCUGGAGCAGUGCUGUGUGUUAAAAAGUGCCAGCAAAAUAUCAUCUGAAUGGGAAUUUUUCCUAUUUUGAUAGCUUUAGUAUAUUCAUAUCUCUUAGGGUGCACCCCCAGAAACCUUUUCAGGUGCAAAUGAAACACUUUGAAAAGCAAAAGGAGUCUGACUCAAGAUGCACUGUCCUGCCACCAUUUGCUAGAUUAGAAAAUAUAUCCAAUUUUUUCCCUAAAACAUGAGCUGCACAUAUCCCAGAAGUCCCAAAUUCAGUGAAAUUGUCACUUCAAUAUCAAAGAAAAAAAAUUUAAUUUUUUUUUGAAGUCUAUCUGACCAUAACACCUUCUUAAUUUAAACCAGUUUAACAUUUGGCUUUGUGUUUAGUAAAAAUACAAUGUUCUUUCAAUGUUUAGUAAAGACACAAUGUUCAUACAAAAAUGCUCCUUUUGUUUGCUUCUAACAACCUGAGAUCUCCCAAGUCCUUUUUGUAACAAUUGCAUAAAAAUGUACAGAAAUAUUUACCUGUCCGUGUGUGCCCACCUUGGAACAGUGCUUGCCUGUGGCAUCUGCAUGCUGCUAAUUCAUCAACGGUACUGCCACCCACAAGAUGUCUUGGCAUUUAUUUAGGCUGUUAUAAAACAAAUCUUACAAA